GGUAGUAUUGCCACGUGGCAAUACUAUCGAUAGUUUGUAGUAACUAUCGGUUUUGCUUUAACUAUCGAUAGUCUAUCGAUAUUGGACUAUCGAUAGGCAACUCUAAUUUGUCAUUGUUGAUUGUGCGCUGCGCGGGAAAUGGGAAUAUUCAAUAUUUGGGAAGCCUUGUUAUUGUUUAUUUUAAUAAUUAAUUAAUCUUAAUUUCUUUUAUUUAAUGUUGACGAAUAUUUUAUAAUGAACCAUAGUUUUCCCUGUAUGAAAUUAGUUGCAGACACAGUUUUUGAAUUCCUGGAAAAGAGUAUUCAAAAUUCAACCACUAAUAACUUUUCAGACGAAGAUUUAUUGACACUACAUUCAGUAUAUGGAUCCGUUUUUCAACGCGCUUUAGACGUUUUGGAAAAACACCCAUCAGUUGAAACUUACUCCACUGCCAAGAAGGGUAGAGUAUUGAUAGAAAUUAAAGGUAAAACCGUGGACAGGGAGGUGACACAUGAACAAUACCUGAUGUUGAUACAGUCUAUGUUUGAUAUUGAAUGACAAUAUGACUGAGGGUACUUCUCAGUAUUAUUUCACUGCUUCCAUGGAUUCUGGGAAAUCUUUGUACAGCUUAUUAAAAGCCAUUCAAUUCCAAGAGUGUGCAGUGUUUUGUGCAAUGUCCGAGGGGCUCAAACUGACAGUGGAGGAGGGUAAAUGUGUGCAGGCCUCCGCUUAUGUUCCUGCUGACAACUUCUCUGAGUACCACGUCAGAGAUGACGUUGAUGUCAUGUUUAAAAUAAGCAUAGCUGUACUCACUGAGUGCCUCAACAUAUUUGGUGCUAGUGAAGAGUCUAGUUUAAAAAUGUAUUAUAGGAGUGAGGGAUCCCCAUUAUUACUUGUUUUGCAGCCUCAAUCAGUGACCAACGUGAUGACAGACUGUGAGAUCUCCACACAAACAGCAGACUCUGUUCUGGAGCUCCGAGACGAGGACGCAACCGAGGUCGCCAAGCUAGUGCUGAAGGCCAACGCCUUCCUCGGCCUGCUGGCGGACCUGGAGCGCUCCUGUGACGUCAUCGAGCUGAACCUCUCGCCGGACCAUCCCAACGUUAGCAUCGUUACCUAUGGAAUGCAGGACAGGUCCUGUAUCGAAGUGCCGAAGUCGUCGGACAUGAUGCAGAGCUUCAGUUGCUCGACGGCGGUCACGCUCAAGUACCAGUUGCCGCACAUCAGACUUAUCAUGAAAGCUCUGGCCAUAUCCUCGAAGAUGGUGCUAAGGUGCAGCUCAAACGGACUAUUGCUUCUGCAAUUGAAGUUAGAAAAGGAUGAUCAACGGCAAAUGUUUUCAGAAUUCCAUAUUGUGCCUUUACUAGACGAUUAAUUAAACUAUAAUAAAAUAAAACUCGUACUAUGUGAUUUAAAUAUAACAACCAUCGCCGUAUUUGAAAUACAAAAAUUGUUCCUCUUA